AUGGCAUCGUCGGCACUACAGCAGAACGGCGCUGCCGCUGCGCUACAGGGGCCGACGUUGCCUCCAAAUGCAUCUCGACUUCCACAGACGGCGCAGCUGGAUGCGCUGCUGACCAUCAUACGCGACGCCUCGACACCUCGCUCCGACUUCAUCUUUUAUUCGGACCGCAUCAUCCGACUUUUGGUCGAAGAAGGUCUCAACCACCUGCCUACGCUACCGCAGACAGUCAUGACGCCGACCGGAUUCGAAUACUCGGGCGUCUCGUUCCAAGGUCGAAUUUGCGGAGUCUCGAUUCUUCGCGCUGGCGAGGCAAUGGAAGCGGGCCUACGCGAGUGCUGCCGCAGCGUACGAAUCGGCAAGAUUCUGAUUCAACGAGACGAGGAGACGGCCAAGCCCAAGCUGUUCUAUGCCAAGCUGCCGGAAGACAUUGCGGAACGAUGGGUAUUGCUACUGGAUCCCAUGCUUGCCACUGGUGGAAGCGCCAUCAAGGCUAUCGAAGUUCUGAUCGAGAACGGCGUAAAGGCGGAGCGCAUCCUCUUUCUGAAUCUCAUUGCAAGCCCCGAGGGUCUGAACAACAUGUACUCAAAAUUCCCACAGGUCAAAGUGAUCUCGGCUUGGGUGGAUGAGAGGUUGGACGAAAAGUCUUACAUCAUCCCUGGUCUGGGUGACUACGGCGACCGAUACUACAGCGGAUGA